GAUACGGUUGAUUUGAAGUAAGAGGGAAGGACGGUAGCUGGCAGCGUUUCUGGGAAUUUCAUGUUAAUAGUUCUGGACAGAAAGGUUUCGCAAUCAAUCGUGUAAACUAUCUUAGAAAGUACAUUUGCUUAACUCCAAAACAAUUAAAGUAAUCAAAUUGCACCGUAUAGUCUUCGCUAGCGCAAAAACAAAAUAUAGACACCAUGCCUGAAAGGAGGCCCUUCAUACGUUUGCCCACAGACGUCUACCCAGUCAACUACGGGUUGUGCUUGAAGCCCGACCUCAUCGACUUCACGUUUGAGGGCAAGCUGGAGGCGGUGGUGGAGGUUAUACAGGCCACAAAUCAAAUUGUGAUGAACUGUGCUGACAUUGACAUUAUCACUGCAUCCUUUGCACCAGAGGGAGGGGAAGGUGAGGAAAUUAAUGCUACAGGAUUCAACUAUCAAAAUGAGGAUGAGAAGGUCACACUUUCAUUCCCUAGUGCUCUUCAGAAAGGAUCUGGUACGUUGAAGAUUGACUUUGUCGGAGAGUUGAAUGACAAAAUGAAAGGAUUCUACCGAAGUAAAUAUGCAAGUCCUGCAGGAGAAAUACGCUAUGCUGCUGUCACUCAGUUUGAGGCCACAGAUGCUCGCAGGGCCUUCCCCUGUUGGGACGAGCCAGCUAUUAAAGCAACCUUUGACAUCAUCUUGAUAGUUCCUAAGGACCGAGUAGCCUUGUCAAAUAUGAAUGUCAUUGAUCGAAAGCCAUAUCCAGAUGAUGACAGCCUUGUUGAAGUGAAGUUUGCCACCACUCCCAUCAUGUCCACGUACCUUGUAGCAUUUGUUAUUGGUGAAUAUGACUUUGUAGAAAGCCAAUCGGCGGAUGGCGUAACUGUACGGGUCUACACACCAAUGGGCAAAGCAGAACAAGGAAAAUUUGCACUUGAGGUUGCAACAAAGACUUUACCCUUCUACAAAGACUACUUCAGUGUACCUUAUCCAUUACCUAAAAUUGACCUCAUAGCCAUUGCUGAUUUUGCUGCUGGUGCCAUGGAAAACUGGGGCCUUGUUACCUACAGAGAGACUGCACUGCUUAUUGACCCAAAGAACUCGUGCUCCUCAUCUCGGCAGUGGGUUGCCCUAGUGGUGGGACAUGAGCUGGCCCACCAGUGGUUUGGAAACCUGGUCACUAUGGAAUGGUGGACUCAUUUGUGGCUUAAUGAGGGAUUUGCGUCCUGGAUUGAGUACCUCUGUGUUGACCACUGCUUUCCUGAAUACGACAUUUGGACGCAGUUUGUUUCAGCGGACUACACCAGGGCCCUGGACCUAGAUGCGCUGGACAACAGCCAUCCUAUAGAGGUAAAUGUUGGCCAUCCAUCGGAGGUGGAUGAAAUCUUUGAUGCCAUAUCCUACAGUAAAGGAGCAUCCGUGAUCCGUAUGCUGCACAACUACAUUGGAGAUGAGGAUUUUAGGAAAGGAAUGAAUGCCUAUCUUUUGAAAUUUCAACAUAAAAAUGCAUCCACAGAGGACUUGUGGUACUGUCUGGAACAGGCCAGUGGGAAGCCUAUUGCUGCUGUAAUGGGCUCCUGGACAAAACAGAUGGGAUUUCCUAUUAUAGAAGUGGAUCAGGAACAGCAAGGAAAUGACCGCAUCCUUAAGAUAUCGCAAAAGAAAUUCUGCGCUAGUGGACCUUAUAAUGGUGAAGACUGUCCCAGUUGGAUGGUCCCCAUCAGUAUCUGUACGAGUGAAGAUCCCAGUUGCACCAAACUCGAGGUUCUGCUGGAAAUUCCAGAGACCACUAUCACCAUCCAUAACAUCCAACCCGACCAGUGGGUCAAGAUUAAUCCAGGUACAGUGGGAUUCUAUCGUAUCCAGUACAGCUCAUCCAUGCUUGAAAGCCUGCUACCUGGUAUCAGAGACCUCACCUUGCUCCCUGUAGACCGGCUGGGUUUGCAGAAUGAUCUCUUCUCCCUGUCACGUGCUGGCAUGAUAAGCACAGUAGAGGUCCUAAAGCUAAUGGAGGCCUUUGUGAAUGAGCCCAACUACACCGUGUGGAGUGACCUGAGCUGCAACCUGGGGGUGCUCUCCUCCCUCCUCUCUCACACAGACUUCCAUGAGGAGAUCCAAGAGUUCAUCCGUGAUCUCUUUACUCCCAUCGGUCUUAAACUAGGCUGGGACAGCAACCAAGGUGAAGGCCAUCUCGACGCCUUGUUAAGGGGUCUGGUGCUGGGGAAGCUGGGCAAAGCAGGCCACAAACCUACCUUGGACGAGGCCCGGCGUAGGUUCAAGGAUCAUGUGGAAGGCAAGCAGAUCCUCUCAGCGGACCUCAGGAGCCCAGUGUAUUUAACAGUGCUAAAGCAUGGAGACAGUGCCACAUUGGACACAAUGUUAAAGCUUCACAAGCAGGCAGACAUGCAGGAGGAGAAAAACCGCAUAGAGAGAGUGCUGGGGGCCAUUUCAGCUCCUGACCUCAUCCAGAAGGUCCUCACCUUUGCUCUCUCGGAGGAAGUGCGUCCCCAGGACACAGUUUCUGUAAUUGGGGGUGUUGCUGGGAGUAGUAAACACGGACGGAAAGCUGCUUGGAAGUUUGUCAAGGAUAACUGGCAGGAGCUUCACAACCGUUACCAGGGUGGCUUUCUCAUAUCACGGCUUAUCAAGCUCUCUGUGGAUGGAUUUGCCAUUGACAAGAUAGCUGCUGAAGUGAAGAGUUUCUUUGAGAGUCACCAUGCUCCAGCAGCAGAGCGCACAGUACAGCAGUGCUGCGAGAACAUUCUCCUCAAUGCUGCCUGGUUAAAGCGUGAUGCUGACGACAUCCACCAGUAUCUACUGCAGCGGAAAGGGGCCCCAGUCUGAACUCCUGUUCCCACCAUUUCCCUCCUUCUCUUCCCCUACUCAGCACCAAGUUCUCCCAUAGCGCCAGCCCCGGUAACCCAGAGAGGGAAUGCCAGCUAAUUAAAAGCAGGUUAUAUUUUUCAGAAGAAAAAACAUCAAGCAAAUAACUUCACUAGGCAUUGGAAACUUAAGGCUAAACAACAAAGCUGAUUUGUGUCAGUCUAUCAAGGAAUGUAUUUACCCCCAUUCUGCCCUUAGGAAACAAUACAUGUGCAAGAAUAGUUACUGGAAGACCUACUGUAUAUGUAAGAGGGGUAUACAUACUCCCUUUACUACACUCCUAUACAAUUACAGACACUUGUGCACACACAGCUUAGUUGUAGUUUGUAAAUUUCAGUUUUUAUCAUAUCUUUGCUAUCACUCUUUCUAAAGCAUAUAGUAUGGUAUAUCCUGUGUUGCUUUUUUGUUGUGUUCAUUUAUUAUUAUAUACGUUAUGGUUUUUUUGUCGAUGUUCAAACUAAUUUUUUUUUCCUCCUUUCAAACAUUUUUGAUUGUAUAAGAUUCAAUGGUACCAGGGCAGAAUGGGGUUGAUAAUAGUAUGUGGUAUUACUAUAAUACUUUUUCUGGAAGUUAUAAACUUUUGGCAAUGGCACUGAUUAUUCAUCUCGACUAAACGGUUAGGAAAAACAUUGGUAGCAUGGUACUGUAUUGUAUGCUGUUUAAUACAAGCAUUUUUGCUUGGGACUCCAGUGAUAUUAAUGGUUAAACUAACCAGCAUCCCACUCCUCUUCAUUAAUCACCCUGUCCUAGCAUUUAAUUUAUAUUACCACAAAGCCCCCCCCCCCCCUAGCAUUCUGUACAAGAAAAGAGUACAAGAGUACAAACACUGCUUGUUGGCCAAUAGUGUGAGAUUAUAUUGCUUGAUACCCAUUUAGGAUUUUGGCUAAACAGUCCAUCUUUUGCCUAGUUUGGACUUUGUUUGAAGUGACAGGCUAUUUCUCACUCUGCUAUUGAUUUCUGAAGCCUUAAAUUGGUAAAGUGGUUUGCAAUAAUUAUUACACUUAAGUGGUUUUAGUGAGCCCACUGCAAUGUAUGUAUUGUUUCUAAUAUGACAGAUCUUCACGUAGACUUGUUGAACGAGUAUAUCUAUAUAUAGAAUUUACAACUGAUGUGGCAUUGAAAACUAACCGGAAAAGAUUGUCCAAUUAAUUGUCAGACUCUUUCCCUGGAACAUCUUUUGUGCUUUUUGUUUAAAGAUAUAGUUUGUGUUAAUUAAAAUGAAAAAAAUGAUGAUAGAACAAACAAUGUGAAAUUAGUACAGUUGAUUUUGAGUGAGGUGUGAGUGUGCAUGCCUGGAAACAUGUUUGUUAUUGAACAAUUCUUAAUCCAGUGUAAUAUCUUUUAUAUGAUCUUACACACAUUAUAGGUAGGAACAUGGUAAUUAAUGGAUUACAAAUGGUUCUAGAAAACUUUAAUAUGGACACUGUACAUAACAAUUAAAGUAUACAUAUUGAGAAUAAAAUAUUAUGUAGAUGAUGGGAAGAAGUCUUUACAUUAUAUUUCAGGUUAGAAACUUGCGGUGUGGGCUUUUUGUGCGCUUAAAAAAAGGGGGUUUGGGGAAGUGUUACUCUUUUCAUAUUGUUAAUAUCAAUUCUUCAAACAAUGUGUAAUUGACUGAUUUGCAAAAUAGGAGAGCAUUGCUGGCAGGACAGCUGUGACAGUGUUGCCAAAGAUAAGAUGCAGUACAAUAAAGUAACAAUAUCAAUUAA